GAGAAACGGUGCUUAGAGGACACUCGCGUGCCGCUGAUUCAAUUGAUCUCGAAUUGGAUCUCUUCGGGCUUCGAACCCCUUUUCCUGCUCCAUGGCCCCGCAGGAUCCGGCAAGUCUGCGGUCGCCCACUCCGUAGCGGAGUGGUGCAAGGUGAACGAACGACUUGGAUGUAUCUUCUGUUUCAGUAGCUCCAUCAAGGACCGACAAUUCCUGCGCCUCUUCCCCACGAUUGCAGCUAGCCUUGCGAACUUUGACGUAGGGUGGAAGAAAGCUCUCUGCGACGCUCUUAAGGGCGAGCACGAUCUCAGCACGACCGAUUCUUUGGAGCGUCAGUUCAACGGCCUCUUGGUUGGACCUGCGAAAGAUGUGGAGGCUCGAGCCAUAGGUCCCAUCGUAAUCAUCAUCGACGCAUUGGACGAAAGCGGCGAUGAAAAGAGCCGCGCUACACUAUUGCCAUAUAUCGCGCGGCUUGCCAAGCUUUCGUCCGCAUUGCGUUUUGUGAUUACGUCCCGCGACGAACAGGACAUCAUGGAUGCUUUCGAUGGUUUAGCCAACCGCGAUAACCAAAAGGACAUCAUGGAUCCCGUGCGACGCUAUGAUAUCGCCAGUCUUCCCCAUCGUGACGUGGACGCGGAUAUUCAUAGGUUUAUUGAAAGCCGACUCCUCCCUGUUCGCAAGAUAACCGCCGAUCCGCGGUGGGAUGCUGGACUGAUGUUGAAUCAACUUGUUACGGCGGCGCAGUCACUAUUUCAUUGGGCAUCAACUGCAUGCACGUUUAUCCGUGGUGAAGAUGAGCCCAAAGACUACAACUGGCACGAUCGUUUCCAGGCUGUAUUGUCAUCUGCCUCCGGGGGGCAGAAUUCUGGUCCGGAGUAUCGUAAGCUCGAUUCCUUGUACAAAACCAUCUUGGAGAAGCUGUAUGGGAAGAAUCCGUCGGAGCACUAUGAGCGAGUGAUGGGGUGCGCCCUCACAGUGCGAGAGCCUGUGUCCCUGCGGACGUUGGAACAGCUCCUUCAUAACCACGAGGAACCGGACCGCACAUCCAACCUACUCAAGGCCGCGGGCUCGCUGAUGUACGGCGUUUUGAAUUCAGAUACGCGGACUCGGAUUCGUCCGCUACACAGUUCCUUUCGGGAGUUUCUUACCGACGCCAAAAGGAGCGGGAACUACCACGUACAUGUCAAAGCCGCAGAUGAUCUUCUCGCCCAAUCAUCAUUGCGCAUCAUGACGACAUAUCUCAAAUUCAACAUUUGCCACCUCGAGACGUCGUACAAGCUUAACGACGAGUACGAUGGUCUUGAUCAGCGUAUUCCGAACAACAUGACGCCUGGUCUCAUCUACGCAGUCCGUUAUUGGGCACAACAUAUCCAUAUCGGUUCUGGACCCGGGGCUACUCUGUCUCCCGGAUUGCUCCCUCAGAUCGAUGGAUUUCUCAAGACUCGGGCUUUGUUCUGGUUAGAAGCACUGAGCCUGUUAAAAUCAUUACAGUCGGGCUCGUCCGCAUUGCUGACGUUGAAGAGAGCCUUGACGGCGAGCGAUGUUCUUCGCUUGGUCGAGGAUCUCGAUAGAUUCCUCAGCUUAUACUGGGACGUGAUCUCAAUCUCGGCACCCCACAUCUAUCUCUCUGCUCUUCCCUUCACUCCGGAGACUUCGCUCGUAUCUCAGAAUUACAUGGAGUUCUUUCCGGAGAGCGCGAGGGUCUCGCAAGGUCGACUGGCUCAUUGGCCGGCGUUACGAUGCACAAUGCAAGGUCACCGAUAUGGGACCAGAUCUGUCCAGUUUUCACACGAUGGGAAGUGGAUAGUUUCGGGCUCUGAAGACUGUACUGUUCGUAUGUGGGACGCCGAGUCAGGUCAGGCUGUCGGAAAGCCGUUCGAGGGUCAUACGGGUGAAGUUUAUUCGGUAGCAUUCUCUUCGGAUGGGAGGCACAUCAUCUCAGCCUCCGCCGACAACACCAUCCGAAUGUGGGAUACAUCAGAUGGCAAGGCGAUUGGAGAACCGUUCCGCGGCCAUACCGACAAAGUCAAUUCUGUCGCAUUCUCGCCUCGGGCUGAUGAUCCGCGUGCAGUCUCAGGGUCCGAUGAUAGGACUAUUCGCUUAUGGGAUACGAGCACGGGGCAAAUGCUCGGAGAACCCAUGAAGGGCCACACAGACGGUGUAUACUCUGUAGGAUUCUCACCAGAUGGAACGCGCCUGGUCUCUGGCUCUAAGGAUCAUACAAUACGCACAUGGGAUGCGCAAUCACAAGAAGUCGUGGCAGGACCUCUCUCAGGACACGAUGAUUCUGUCGAUUGCGUCGCCUUUUCACCUGACAGCAAGCGCGUCGUGAUGGGAUCCAGGGAUGGCACAAUUCGAGUCUGGGAUGCAGAAUCUGGGCAGACGAUAGUAGGCCCGCUCGUGGGUCACACCAGUGGUGUGACGUCUGCGAGUUUCUCCCCCGACGGAAAGUACAUCACUGGUAAAGCGCUCGGCGAAUCUUUGCGCGGACACCACGUUGGUGUUACAUCUCUCUCACUAUCGCCCAUCGACGGCAAACGACUUGUCUCCGGAUCAAUGGAUGAGACCCUCCGAAUCUGGGAUGUGGAGACUAGAAAGCCUGUUGGAGAGCCUCUCCAAGGUCAUACCGAUGAGGUCAAUUCCGUCGCAUACUCCUCAGACGGGAGCCGAAUCGUUUCCGGAUCGGAUGACGUCGCGGUCCGGCUCCACGCGCGCAUGAAAGCUUCAUUCGGACUAACCUCAUGGGGAUCGGUCGAUGAUGGAUGGAUUUUAGGUCCCAACGACGAGCGACUACUCUGGGUCCCACAGCAUAGUCGUUGGAACCUCUGGCAACCUGCGUCCAGACUGUUCUUGCCCUCGGAGGAGACGACGAUGCUGGAUUUGAGCCGCUUCGUGCACGGCAAGAGGUGGGCAGAGUGCUACAAGUUCUACGAGCCCAGGACGGACGAGGGCGAAGCUGGUGGAGAGCACUGA